GCAAAAACUUACAAAAACCCAGUAGAAUCCAGAACCCGAUACUGGUUGAACCAAUAAAUAACUUUUACUUUUUUUUUUAAUUUUUAGUUAUGUUUUCAGAUUAUGUUUUAUAUUCUAAGUUUCUAAUAAGGCUCGCUCUGUUCUCAAAGCUUGGUAGCUAUAAGAAGUUAUAUACUGACAAAAAAAAGUUAAGUUUUUCCUUUUCAGUUUUAUAUUUAUGAAUUUUAUAUUUGUGAAGAUUUCACUAUGCGACUUGAAGAAAAUAAAGUGAACGAUUGUAGAGAAAACUAAAACUAGUUGAUGUGAUUUGGUGUUAGUUUAUUUCCGUUAUUGAUUCUUUAUUAUAAUGAUUUUUUAUUUUUGGUUUAUUUUGUAUUUGAAAUUUAAUUUAUUAUUCAUAUUAAACAUUUAAAUAUUUAUAAAUUUUAUGUCUUGAUCUUUUUAGAUGUCAUAACUUUGUUAGACAAAAUUAUAAAUAGUCUAAACUAUUUUUUGAUAUUUUGUAUAUCAAAUGAAAAUAAAAAUAUAGAAAUUAAAGUUAAAUAUUUUCUAAAUGUUAUUAAACAUAUAAAUAUACAUACCAAAACUAUUAUUUUAUAUUUAUAAAAACAUUUAGAAAAUAUUAAACUUUAGUUUCUAUAUUUUUAUUUACAUAGCUGAUAUAUUAUUAUAUAAUAAAAUUAAUUUAUUUAUUAACCCGCGGUUCACCUACGGUCGACCCAGUGACCCAGCGAUCCGGUAAGUCGUACGGUUCAGUGUCCGGAUCAGGUUUAAAAACAUUGCUUAUAGUGAACUCUCAAAUUCACUUCCAUUAUUAAUAUCUAUCAAAUUACCAUGUACGAUUAAAAAAUAUAUAUUAAAAAAAAAGUUAAAAAAAAAAAAGUCGCCGUUAACCAAAAAAAAAAGUGAUAUUUAUUUCAUCUUUUAGGUUUUGAGAAUUAUUUGAUAACAGGAAGCUGCUCCUGUUAUUCUUAUUCUCUACGGCAUAUUUCUUUUCUCCUCUUCUCUUUCCUUGCGGCAUCCUAUUCCGGCGUCGUUGCUUAUUCGACAUGGGGAUCGUUGGUGUUCUUUGUUAUUUUUUUUUUAAUUGUUCUUUGUUAUUUUAAAAUGAUCUAAAUAGCUGAUCAAUGCUGCGACUCUGAAAAAUUAUGGUUAUUUAUAUAUUACAGUGUUAUAAAAAAAAAAUAUAACGAACUUUUUAUGAUUGGUGUUUUUAAAAGACGAUGCCAGCAGUUUCUUGGUAUCUCGUGGUUUCAGAUCUUCAUAUUGCCUAAUGAGUCAAGAGCUUCAUGCAAUCAUUGACGCAUGCCAUUGUGGUAACGUCAUGGACCAGCUAUAAAACGUGGACACGGGAUUAAAAGUAACGUGCUCUACCACUGAGCUAAGUCGGCUGGUGUUAAUUGUUGCUUUAUUUUCAUUAUAGACAAGAAUUGAAAGCUAAUAGCCAAGCUUGGUUGGCCAUGAUCUAUGUGUCCAGCUUCAGUCACUACCCAUGAUGCUUUAUUACUAAGGAGAACAGGUUUGUUUGUAAGCCUUCUUGUCCCCUUUGCUUAUCCAAGGUUCAACAAAGAGAAGCAGGAUCCGAAGCUCAAAACACAUUUUUUUUUUACAUUCCAAGAUUCCUUUUCAAUCAUUCAAUAUUAAUGCUUUUCUUUGUAUUACAACAAAUGUCUUGAUAUCAAAACUCUUGCCUACUUUUGUCUCUUGAAAUACAAUUGAGAAAGAAAAGGACAAUGAUAGAGAGAAUUGCAUAAGCAACAAACAAAUAUAUCCACAACGCAAGAAGAAUCUUCUUCCUCGGGCCCUAAAAGCAAAACGAACACACCUUGUAAAGACAGAGCAAAGGAGUUUGUUAAAGAGAGAACUCCAAUCUAAAUAUGAUGAUGGAUGCAUAUUAUCUUAUUAGUGGUCAUCGUAUAUAGAACUCAUAAGGCAAGCUUAAAUUAAGCAAAACAAGUUAAUCAACACGUUCUAAAGCCUUAUCAAAGAAGGCGAAUAUAAUGUAUAUUAGAAUAAUGGAUAAUACAGGAAUGGCGAGAUGGAAUUAGAACUGGAGUACAUGGCUGGAUUUGGCUUGGAGAAGAAAUUGAAAUUCUAUUUGAAAGCAUAGAAUUGGAGACGCAAGACAAACACAGGUUCCAUCUUCUUUGUGGGCGAUGAAGAAGAAGAAGCCAUCGACGACGGCGUUAACAAGCGACAGAAAUGAAAACAAAACAAAACAUUUUUGAUUAAUAAAAUACAAAAUCUGUAUAUAAAUUUACAUUAAUAUAUUUCCAUUGCACCACCCCACCACCGUCGCACAACCACCACACCACCGCACGACCACCCCACCACUUCUAUUUCCCGUUUCAUCAUCUUCUCUCACAACAACUUCUCCUUCCUAUUUCAUCGUCGGUUCCUCACCGGAGAUUGGACCUGCUCGCCUCCAUAUGGCGAGCGGGUUGAUCCAAAGUCAAGCUCGCCAUAUGGCGAGCGGGGAUAUCCAAUCCGGCUUAUUACGACAGCCAAGCUUCCUUUCUUCGGGUCUCGAGUGAACCAUCUCUUGUUUCGUCUCGAUUGGAGUUAGAGUUGAGACUGUACGAUAAAAACCGUGAAUAUUAGUUUUCUCGUAUGUGUUUGAAUCAAUCAUAUAAAACGGGAACAGUUAGCUAAGCACCAAAUUUGCCUUAACUAUACGAUUGAUUUAAGUUAUUUCGUAAAAUCGACGUCGUACCGAAAGAGAUUUCUAAGAAAAUCGUAAAACUGCUUAAGUCGGAAAACGACCCGAAAAGGCCUAAAAAGCUGGAAGAUGACGAUGAUGGCGCGAGCAGGUCCAAGAUUCGGCGAGGAAAAAGCUGGAAGAAAAAGCUAAGACUGAGAUAGAACAGAUCCGGUAGUGAUCGCAGCUCUCGAAGUCGCCAAGCAUUCUCUGGUUCAAGCUACGAUCCUUUGCCGUCAUUGGAGGAAUCAGAAGUUGAAAGGCUAUCAUCUCCGUCGUAGUCGCUGACGUAAUCUUCUCCGGUUAACUCCUUGUGUAUGCGCUUGUAAUAGCUGCAAAGAAGAACAAACGAUAUCAGGUUCAUGAUAUCGAACACUUGUAAUCUCAUUGAUUAUAUAGUGAAUUGCUAGCUGAGCUAACUCUGGUGAGUAUAGCGACUUCUCCACGUCGGGAAAGUACGGUGAACACCGGGUAAACAUUUCUGGUGUGUUGAUUCGUUUUUGAUUGUGUUUUCACUUGUCAAGAUCGAGAUCAGAUGAAUCAACUUAAUCAAGCCGUAGCUUAAGUCGGAGCUAUAAUCUAUAACUCGGAUAGUUUUGUUUUUGUUUUUUUUAAUUUCGUUGUUAUUUUUAAAUAGUAUUCGACUAUUUGUGAUGUGGAAUGUGUGAAAUCACAUUUAAUAUGGGCAUAUUUUUGCUAUUGGGCAUAUUUUUGCUAUUUGGUCGUUGUAGAAAAAAUGGGCCACAAUUGAAUAACUCUCAACCCAAUAUCUAAAUACCUGCACACGAUUAGUCGGUUAUUUUAUACAAAUAACUAGGAGAUAAUCCGCACCAUGUGAGGAUGAAUGGAUUAAAAGAGAUUAUAAAAUUUAUUCUAUAGAUAUUGAAAAGGCAAAACAAAAGUGAUAUAUUAUACAUGGUAUAGAUUAGCAGAAGUAACGUUUGACAUACAUGUUAAUGCAAAGAAAACUAAUCCAAAGUUUUAUGACUUUCACCAUAAUCUUCCGCAAAGACUUUUUUGGUUUCAACUCAGAGAUGAAUUUCACGCCACUCAUUUUCUUUGCUAAUUUUGAACGUGUGUGUUGUGAGGAAGUAGAUAUGAGGAUAGUAUGAUAUAUAUAGUCAUAAUUGAUAGGGUUUUCGCACGCGGGAAUUGGAAAAAAAUGAAUGCAUAUCUCCACAAACCAAUGAUGAGCGAUAUGAUCGUAGAUUUCUAGACAAUUACAGAAAUUAUUACACCCGAGAGGCUAUAACAAAGGAAGUCUAUAUUAAAAAUGCUAUUUGAAUUUAAAAUUAACUGGAAAGAAAUGUAGAAAUUUGCAAAUUUCUUGCAAUCACCAUUUAUGUUAAUUUCGUAAUAAAAAAAGUCUUCUUGCAAAAGUUAAGGGUUAUUAAGACUGAGUCUAAAUCUUUUUAUAGACGGCAUUUCUUGCAAUCACCAUUUAAUAUGGAAUUUCAUUUUGAAUGUCUUUUACAAUCACUCAAGAUUGCGUUUUCAUCUUUUUAUAUAUGACAUAUGUGCAAAAAAUACAUAGCAAUAGGUUUAACCGUUUAAGCGUAUGAUCAUAUAAUAUUUAAUCCACUGAUCAUAUGAAUUGAAACGGGCUUAUCCGGAGUAUGACAUGUUUAGGCGUAUGAUCAUAUAAGUUUUACAAUAUAUAACCGUGUAUAUUGUCCACGAUGAAAAUAAAUGUCACAUAUCUCAUAAAAUACAAAAAGAAAAUCAAAAUCAAAAUAAAUGAGGCGUACCAAAGUUUUAUAGAAGAACAUAAGUAUAAAUCUUUUAUAUUUUUCAGUCCAUAAAAAUGUCAUGUAUCAUUUAUGAAUUGUAAAAAACAUGAAUAUUAACAAUGUAUUACUGUUUAACAUAAUAAUUAAUUUACAAUAAUAUUAUGAAAAUGUGGAUUUUACACUGAUGCUAUUGUCAUGUAUCUAGUAAAGAACAUGAAUAUUAACAAUAUAUCCUGCACAAAACAUAAACACAUCAGAGAAUACACUAAUACUACUCAAAUAGAUCAUGAAAAUUAUUUAUUCUUGAACAUUGGUAAGAGUAUAUCAUAUAGAAAAAAGUACCAAGAGAUUAUACAGCCAAUCAAAUAAAGUUAUGGUCCGGUUUAUAUAUAAAAUUCGUUUGGUUGACUAAAGUUAAUACACUUAUUCGUUUGGUUAUCAUCCCGCAAGUCUUAUAAGAUAUAAUAUGGCAAGUCUUGUAAUAAAUAUGUCCAAUGGUAUUCCAUUGUAAAUACUCUAGUAAAUUAUGACCAUUUUAAUAAAUAGACUGAGAAGAGCUAUGAAGUUACUACAUCAAUAAUGACAUUUUUGUUAAUCACACAUCAAAUAAAGGUUAAUUAAUAAAAAUGUUUCUCAAAUAAUAAAAAGAGGAUAAUGCACUUAGGAAGUUUUGUUAUAACACUAUAGAAACUAGGAACUUUAAUCAGGGUUUAUAAAUAAGACUCGAGAGUCCGAUAUAUCAUUAAUUCGAUUAAGAGCAAUAGAAAUUUAGGGAACGAGAGAUAGAGAACAAAAGUUGUGACUCAUCUUUCAAAAUAUUGUAAUUAAUAUUGGUUUGGAUUCUAAUAAGAGAGAAAGAUACAUUUUGGUGAAAAAUAUAUUCUAAAGUUUAAAAUUUAAAGUCAAAGUUAAAUCCUUACAAGUGGUAUAAGAGUAAUCCACAUUUGAUUGCAUGUGCUUUUAAGGAAUGGCUACAAGAGAGAUCGAGGUGGAUAGAUUCUAUGGGACAUGAGAUUUUUCGCUAUGAAAAGUUGGGAUGAUGGCCCACUUUGAUGUCCUAAGGCUACAAAGAAGGAGAUGCUGCCUUGAAGGACAUCGUAACUAAUGAGACACUUCUAAUGGAUUCACCGGUCACCAAGGAAGAAUGAGAUGCUGCCUUGAAGGAUACAGAGAAGGAAGCGACAUGAACAAUCCCAACUAUUGAUCCCGUAAAGCUAGAGAAAUCGGAGAAAGCGAAAGAUUUCAUUGUCAUGAACAUAGGAAACACAUUCUUAAGAAAAAUCAUUCAUUUUGUGAUACAACUGUUGCGAUGUGGACAGCUCUUAACACGUUAUACACAUAGACAUCUUUGACGAAUCAUAUCUAUUUGCAACACGUGUUUUAUACGUUCAAGAUGAACGAUUCCAAGGGCAUAGAUACAAACGUAGAUGACUUCCUAAAGCUAGUAGCAGAAUUAAAUAACUUGAACGUGGAGGUUGCUGAAGAAGUUUAAGCUAUAUUGGUACUAAAAUCAAUGCUGCAAUGAUAUGACUAACUCUAGGAAACUCUCAAAUAUGAUAUUCUUCUCUUGCCUAGGCGAUUUCCGGCUCCCGGGCCGUGUUUUCCUCUACCUCCGGGUAUAAUGAAAAUUUUCUAAUAAAAGAAAAUCUUCCAAUAUUUCAGGAUAUUUAAAAAUCUAACCUAAUUUUCGACUAAUGACAACAUAUAAAAGGUGAUUCCAAAUCUUAUAACAUAGGGUUCACUAUUCAAGGCUUCAAUUAUAGAGUUAGGUUGCUAUAACUGGAUUUCUGAAUGGAUAUGUUGUAGUUCGACUCUCUUGAUAAAUAUUUGAUCCUUGAAUUUUGUCUUUAACUUAUGUUUCUGUAGUAUCACAAAUAAUCUGCAUAAAUUUAUCCUAACAAGUGUUUUAAAUUUUUCUCAUUUUUUUUAAGUAUAAAAUUAUAUGAGUUUGUAAAAACAAUAGCAGUGUUGACAACAUAACCUAAUUUUCACUCUGUGUGAUUUGCUUAUUCAAAACAUUGUUUGCGAGUUGUGUAACAUCAAUGUGUAAAUAUUAUUCAUUCAUUAGAAGGAAGAAUGGGUAUACAAUUAUUUGCGAGUUGUGUUUCAAAAAAGAGGAAAGAAUGGGUAACCGUGCCACGCAGGCCACUAUAAAACAGAGCGCAAGAGCCAAUAAUAAAGUGACACGCCAACAAAAAGGCGAAAAGUCUAUUACCGUAAUUGGCAAACUGUCCAUGUGUCUCCUGUCGCCUCCUCUCUCUUUCACCUUCCUCAAAUCGUUUAAAAAAUUCCCAAAGAUUUCUCUCCAUCACGCUCUGACCUUCGAGAGACUUCAUAUAUCUUCACGGAGAUCAAACAUCCGAAAACAAACUACAAAAAUCGCAAUGGCUGGUGGUAAUAGAAGCAGCACUAUCGACGGAGCUGAAAGUGGAGGAGGAUCUGUAGCAAUGGAAUCAAAGGAGAUUCCUCAGCCGCAGCCUGUGGCGGUUCUAAGUGCAAACGCGCCUCCUCCGUUCCUCAGCAAGACCUAUGACAUGGUUGACGAUCCAGCCACCGAUCCGAUUGUCUCGUGGAGCUCUAACAACAACAGUUUCGUUGGUUUCCGGAAGGUUGACUCAGAUAGAUGGGAAUUUGCGAACGAAGGUUUCUUAAGAGGCCAGAAGCACUUGCUGAAGACAAUAACCCGGCGAAAACCUGCCCAUGCCCAUGGACAUGGACAGCAGCACUCGAACGGACAAAACCCAUCGGUUAGUUCAUGUGUUGAAGUUGGCAAAUUUGGUCUCGAAGAAGAAGUGGAAAGGCUUAAAAGAGAUAAGAACGUCCUUAUGCAAGAACUCGUCAGAUUAAGACAACAGCAACAAUCCACUGAUAACAACCUUCAAAGGAUGGUUCAGCGUCUCCAGGGCAUGGAGAAUCGGCAACAACAGCUAAUGUCAUUCCUUGCAAAGGCAGUACAAAGCCCUCAUUUUAUAUCUCAGUUCUUACAGCAGCAAAACCAGCAAAGCGAGAGUAGUACUAGUAGGUGAAUCAGUGAUACCAGUAAGAAGCGGAGAUUCAAGCGAGAUGGCAUUGUCAGUAGUAAGGAUUCUGCUUCUCCUGAUGGACAGAUAGUGAAAUAUCAACCUCCAAUGCACGAGCAAGCAAAGGCGAUGCUCAAACAGCUUAUGAAGAUGGAACCUUACAAAACCGGAGAUGAUGGUUUCCUUCUAGGUGAUGGUACCUCUACUACGACAGAGAUGGAGAUAUCAUCAAACAAUGUAUCCGGUAUAACUCUUCAGGAAAUGCCAACAGCUUCUGAUAUACAAUCAUCAUCACUAACUGGAGCUACUCCUGAAAAUGUUACGGUAGCUGAGUCUCCAACACCUGAGGAAGCAAUUCCUUCACCUGAUGUUCUAUCUCUACCCGAAUUUGCUUCUAUACUACCAGAGAAGACCACUGAGAUGCCUUCAGGGAAUUUCAUGGAACCAGACAUGGAAGAUUUUAGUUAUUUCCUAGAUUCAGAUCUGUUCAUCGAUGGUGAUUUUGAUAAGCUGGCAGUGCCCCUGGCAUUUGUGCAGAAGAGAAUGAGAUCGAAGAGAGGAGUGAAGAGUGGCUAAAGAGUUAUGAAGAGAAGAAGGAAAGAAUCUCUAGGAGAGAGAGGGUUUGAGUUAUAAUAUUAUGAAUACGUUGUCGUUUCUAUUAUUCGUUUCUCUACUUAAGCAUGAGCCGUGUAAACAUUAUGGUCAUCAAAAUUGAUCACAACAAAUAUCUAAUCAUCUUAUCCUUU